ACCCGGUCUCCACGCAGCCCAACUCUUCUCCACAUCAAACACGUUUCUUCUCAACUCAUUCAUCUAAACGCCACAGACUGCAGCAGCCGUCUACUUCAGGACAGGAUGCCUUUCGGAGGAGGAAACAAGUGCGGCUGCUGCCAGAAAACCGUCUACUUUGCAGAGGAAGUGCAGUGCGAGGGGAAGAGCUGGCACAAAUCCUGUUUUCUGUGCAUGGUCUGUAAGAAGAACUUGGACAGCACCACUGUGGCCGUGCACGGAAACGAAAUUUACUGCAAAUCGUGCUAUGGCAAGAAAUAUGGUCCAAAAGGCUACGGUUUUGGAGGUGGAGCUGGAACGCUGAGCAUGGACACAGGAGAAGGACUUGGAAUAAAGCCUGAAGUACAAGCUCCUCAUCGACCCACAAACAACAGCAACUCCUCCAAGUUUGCUCAGAAAGCCGCGGGAUCUGACGUGUGUCCUCGAUGUGGGAAAACUGUGUACGCAGCGGAGAAGGUUAUCGGGGGAGGCAACUCGUGGCACAAAGGCUGCUUUCGUUGUGCCAAGUGUGGUAAAGGCCUGGAGUCUACGACCCUCGCUGACAGGGACGGAGAGAUCUUCUGCAAAGUCUUUGAAAUUGUUUUUACAGGUUGCUACGCAAAGAACUUUGGACCCAAGGGUUUUGGCUUUGGUCAGGGUGCAGGAGCUCUGGCUCACUCCCAGUGAAGCCCGAGGCCUGAACCAGUGUAGAACCGACAUUUGGAGCCUCGGAUAUCGCGGCUUCCAGAGUCUAAUCGUUCAUAUCUGACCUUCUUCCAAUAGCUAAARGCGACAAAUGGUGCACACAACAUGCAGCGUUUUUGUACAUGUUAGCUUGGCAGGCGUGGUGCACAUAUGCUCAGGCUUUAAAAUACACGUGACUGUUUGGUGAGCAUUUUCUGUGCUUCACCUGUUCCACAGGUGAGAAUUUUGAUUAUUAUCUAGAAAACAUUUCAACAUCAAUGUGUUUAAAAAUGAAUUAAAGCUGUGAAAAUCAGCUAAAAUCACAUUUAAAAAACAGUAAAAUUGCCCGUGUUGCCUCACUCAUCACUGUCCAAAAAUAUGCUUUUUAUUCUUUGUUGGCACAAAAUAAAUGUUGUUAAAAAGCACA